UGUCCGGUUGUGCUGCCUCCCUCCCCAGCCCCAGGCUCACCUCGGCUGAACGGUAAGCGGGCUGAGCGCUCCCUCUAAGCUAAGCCUGCAGCGGAGCGCGCCGCAGCUGGCGGUCUGCGUCUUGGAGGCGAUUGACGCCCCUCGUUUCUUCCAGCUCGUAGGGAGCCGCUCCUAGAUUUCCCAACCAGCUCAGGAAAACAGGACUCAGGGGAAGCUGAGUUGGAAGUCUGGAUCCGAAGUCAUCUUCGGUUUUCAAAGAAAGAAUGCUAGAAGGUCUCUCAGCCGAUGAUUCUUUUGCAGCAAGUUGGACUUCCUCCUCUUCCUCUUCCUCCUCCUGAAACGCUUCCAUCUCUUCCUAUGUCAGUGGCCACCAGGCCCACAGCCAACUUGCGACUUUCUCCACAAAAGCCACUGGGACCAGGGCCAUCCUUGCCACUUGCACAAGAUGAGGAACUUGCCACAAGGGGGGAGCAGGACCCCUUGCUGGAGGAACUAUGCAAGCCUUUGUGCUGUAGGCUUUGUAACGUCACCCUGAACUCUGCCCAGCAAGCCCAGGCACAUUACCAGGGUAAAAACCACAGUAAGAAACUUCGGAACUACUAUGCUGCCAACAGCUGCCCAGCUCCUGCCCGAGUGAGUAACUCUCUUGAGCCAGCUACUCAUCCAAUGGUGUCCCUUCCGCCCCAGGGGUCUUCCUCCAAACCAGGAGGGCGAGUGAUCCUGGCCACGGAGAAUGAUUAUUGUAAACUGUGCGAUGCUUCGUUUUCUUCGCCAGCGGUUGCCCAGGCUCACUACCAGGGCAAGAAUCAUGCCAAGAGGUUGCGCCUGGCCGAGGCACAGAACAGCUCAUCUUUAGAGUCGUCUGAAGUGGCCGGCAAAAGGAAAGUGCGUAAAGAAGGGAACGAAUUCAAGAUGAUGCAGAACAGAAGGAACGUUUAUGCUGUGCAAAACAACACAGGCCCUUAUUUCAACCCACGCUCCCGUCAGCGGAUACCUCGUGACCUCGCCAUGUGCGUCACUCCCAGCGGCCAGUUCUACUGCUCCAUGUGCAACGCCGGGGCCAGCGAGGAGGUGGAGUUCCGGCAGCAUUUGGAAAGCAAGCAGCACAAGAGCAAAGUCUCUGAACAGCGGUAUAAGAAUGAGAUGGAGAACCUCGGCUACGUCCAAUGAGACUUGAUGCCUGAGAGCCUCUCUUUUUUGACUUUCCCUCUGUAGGGAGCAGCUUCUGCUUGCUUGCCUGCCAUGUGCCCUGCAUCUGUGCUCUGUGCCUUAGGAGGCCUGCUCCCCAAGCUCUCUCCACGCUUCUAAAAACUUGCAAACCUAACAGUGAAGUAAACGAAUUUAAGCAAAAGACAAA